UACUACUCGUAUAUAAUCAGACAACUGAGAAGGAAUUAGAAGAAUCGAUUUUCCUUACAUAAUAAACACACUGCACACUUGUUGAGCGCCGCUGGCGAUCGCAAACGUCGACGUUUUAAUUACUGAUAGAUGGAGCCAAGUUUACUCGAUUCGCUCUUUGAUGUGGAAAAUGUGGAGGAUUUUGAAGACGUUGAUAUGAUGGAUGUGGAAGAAGGAGAAUUGGUUGAGAUUAAUGAUAAAGCUGAGUCGGCACAAAGUAGAAACGUUACAGGUAAUGUAGCUGCUCAAGAACCUCAGACUACUGCCCGGAAACGUAGAAAUAAGAAGAGAAAUAAGAAGAGGAAAGGAGGCGGUGGUGGUGGUGGAGAAGCUGAUGUCAAGGAUAUUAACAGAUUUGUGUUGGAUACUUGUAGACGCUUGAAAGAAAAGAAGUCUUACCUUGUUUGGACUGCUGUUGGCUGCCUUGGUGUGCCUGCUCUGAAUGAUCUUGUGAAAGAGGUGGAUGCAAUUCAGGCUUGUGGUGGUCAGAAAACUGCAGAUGGAAGACGUUAUAAAACUGGUGGGGGAAUUUUGUGGGGGAUCCUUAAAACUCGUGAUCCAAAUGCUUUUAAGGAGAUCAUGAAGAAAGGAAAGGAGUUUGAGAAACAGUUUAAUAAACGACCAGAUUUGAGGAACGCGCCAAACCAAAAUAAACAGAUCCCUUCUGAAGCAGAAGGUUCUCAUGCUGCAGAGGUAGAACCUACAGUCCAAAUUGGAGACCUACACAUUGAAGAUAAGCAGCCACCUAAACGACCUGUUCAUGAAAGAAUCCGUGUGCCCGUCUCUUACGAUGAUUUGGUUGAACUUGAGAAGCCCAAAGAUGAGGCAAUCUAAUUGCUGGUUAAGCUUGUGAUAGAAAUGUGGGCAAGUGAGAAGUUUGUGAUAGUUUUGUUUCAUAAACUUGCUUAUGUUUACACUUAUGCUCUUAUACUGAAUCUUCUCGUGGUUAACAGAUAGCAAAUGAAGUUUUGAUGCACGUUUUCUCUUGCAGAGAACAUGUGCGAUUUUGUA